CUCUGUUUGCUUUUUUAGUGAUGUAUAUUGGAUUGAGAAAACCACGCCCUCGCCAGUUAUUCAGGGAGCUUAUAUAUGUUUGACGGCAUGGGCAGGCGGCUCCCCCCGUUUCGCCAUCGCUCCUUUACGUCACCGACCGCGAGAUGGUUUGCUGGAAGCUCUGAGGGCUUGCGCGAAUUUGGUAGAAGCUUCGGCAUAUGUGCGAACUCUAUUGCGGGCGUGCUGGUUGAUAGAUGACAUCGAUGACAUAGGAUCUUGGUUCUGGCCAUCUAUCACCUUAGAACAUUCCUGAUUCCUGGAGAAGAAUACAUCUCGAUCUGGCGCCGGCCUCGUCGCAGAAGGUACUCAAUGGCUGUGAAGUCUUUCUUGCUGAUACCCAUGUUCUUGCGGAAUUCCUGUCUAUACAAGAACAAUAAUCUUGGGGUUAGAUUUUAUAAUAAUUAUAUAUAUAGGGGGGGGGGGGGAGGACUUGUCCGGCUGUACACACCUGGCGAACUGCUUGAAGUUGGCCUGAGACUCCUGUAGGUCGAUGAAUUAGCUUUCAUGCAACCGGAGGGUCACAAGCAAUGCAUGCAUACCUGGGGCUUCUUCCUGAUCUCCCGGAGCGCGAGUCUGUACAGCGAGCACACAUCCCGCUGUAGUCCUGACAGCUUCCUCAUGGCCGGAUCUUGUGGAAGCGGGGCUAGAAUAAUUGCCUUCCGGGAAGAUUGGCGUAAAUAUCGCGUGAAACCACGCAGCGAGCGAUAAUAAUAAUAAUAAUAAUAAUAAUAUUUAAAGAAGAAGAAGAGUGUGGCGUAGUUUUAAUCCAUGGAAUUACUUGCAGGUGUAACUACUCCAUAGUUAUAGAAAAAAUAAAAAAAUAGAAAUCAAGAGAGUAUUUUUUAGUUAACUAACGUAAAGCAGAGCCGCUAAAAUCGGCACUAAAAUGUGCAAUAAAUCUUCCCGGCCGAGUUUUGCGGGGGAGAAGUCGCACAACAGCAGACAAUUAUUAAUAUAUCUUCGUCUGGGGGAGGGCAUUAGGAUCAUAAAUACCUUUUAUUUUGUUAAAUAUGUCACUGUCUGUGGAAUAGUUUUGGUAUUUCUUUUAUUCCUGCGGGUCAUAUAACUAGUUAUCAAUUCUCACCAGGCGGCGGGGAUUUAGCUAGUUACAUGUAUUUAUACGGAGUUGCUCCGUACAGUUCAUGCAAAUCCAUUCUUCCUGACUCCCCCAACUCAAUUGACCAUCCAAGAUACAGAGGGCGGGCAAUAAGGCAGAGGGAAACAAACAUCAUAACAAAACAAAGGACAAAAGAAAAGAAAAGAACAGAAAAGAAAAGACCAGGAACUCGUCAUGCCACCCUUUUCGCGUCUCAUCCGCUUCCUCUCCAAAGACGGCCGGAUCUACUACGGCGACCCUCUCCUCCCGGCCCAUACCACCGAUAUAUCCCACGCCACCGCCGCCCGCCUCAUCACCGGUGACAUCUUCCGCUCCCCAACCCUAACCAGCACCACAAAACCCAUCUCCCGCCUACUCUCCCCGCUCGCCCAGGCCGAUAUAUCGACCAUCCGCUGCCUUGGCCUCAACUAUGCCCAACACGCCGCUGAAACAAACAUGCCCGUCCCCAAAUACCCCAUCCUCUUCUAUAAACCGCCCGCGGCCCUUGCGGGGCCCCGCGAUGACAUACCCGUCCCCGGCAUCGCGCAGGAGUGUCCCGGUGUGGAUUAUGAGUGUGAGCUGGUGAUUGUUAUGGGGAAGCAGUGUCGUGAUGUGUCUGAAGAGGACGCGCUGCAGUAUGUCCUGGGCUACACCGUGGGGAAUGAUGUGUCGCAUCGGGAGUGGCAGUUGAAGCGCGGGGGGGGACAGUGGGGGAUUGGGAAGGGUUUUGAUGGGUGGGCGCCUGUAGGGCCUGGGAUUGUGACGACGGAGGUGCUGGGGGAUGCGGGGCAUUUGGGGAUUGAGACGAGGUUGAAUGGCGUGGUUGUGCAGAAGAGUUCGACGCGGGAUAUGAUUUUUGGCGUAAGGAGGACCGUUGCGUUGUUGUCAAAGGGGUCUACGUUGGGGCCGGGCGAUUUGAUUUUUACGGGGACACCUCAGGGGGUCGGCAUGGGCAGGAACCCGCCGCUAUGGCUGAAGCAUGGCGAUAAGGUUGAGGUAUCACUUGAAGGCGUGGGCACUUGUGAGAACACGGUUGUUUUCGAGGGGAAUUCCGCUAACUUGUAGAUGGUGGCGAUGAGUGGAUGGCUCUUAUCAAAGUAAUAUUUAAACGGGGAAAUCCACGAUGAGGCAAGUCCAGCUACAACUGGCAGCAGUCAAGAGGAAUUGAUGGCCUAAGAUGUUUAGCUCUAGUAAAGAGCAUCCAUAGAUCUAGAGACAGCACAUAUACCCGGAUAGAACGAGGCCAAAUGAAGCUUCUUUAAAACGUAAUAGCUUGAAUCAAAUACGAAAUCAGCAUCUUAAGGAAAUAAGAACAAAAACCUCUCCAACCCCCAUCCCGGUCAUCAUCAUCCCAUCCACCCCCGGCAUAUCAAUUAAUUCAUUUCGUCGUCCUUCCAUACCCUCUAAUACCCUCUGCAAACGCCCAACUCUGGUUCUCUAACUGUUCAUUCUCCUUGAGUUCCACCCCAUCCUUUUUCACCACUGCAAUCGAAUACCGAUCCGUACUCCUUGCAUCGCGAUAGAAUAGCACCUUCAUACAUUCCUGUAGUGCCUUAACUGCAUGCUCCUCUUUAAUAUCCUCCAGCGGAGUUUCUUCCGGAAACACCCUUCGCAACACUGGGAUGGCCAGAUGCGCUCCGAACCCCGUGGCCAGGUGCGGCGCAGAGUACGUGUUACCCAGCAGAUCGACGGAGCUGAGGAAUGGCUUGUCCUCGCCGUCAAAGCCUGCUACGAGGAUCAUGUUCCACAGGGGAUUGAAUUCCGACCGUCGCCUGUACAUCACUUUCGAUAGGUAGGUGUGCAGAUUCUGCGCGUUGAGGGAGUGGCCGUAGGUUGAGUAGUUGUCUUCGAUGUCAAGGAAGGUUAGGAGGCGGUCGACGUAUUGCAUAUCAGACACGUCACCGCCGAAGCCGAUCACAGCGGCGUUGUCGAAGGGGCGUAGGCGUUUAAUGUCCGUGAACCUGGCGAGGGAGCCGUAGGAGGCUAAUGUAAUGUCAGAUUAGGCAUAUUUCAAUGUGCCAAUGGGGGAAUCAAUGGCAGUAUGGAGCUGUCGUACCUAAAUUAUCUGCUGCGAUAGCUACGCCGCCAUUGAACUUGACGGCAAUUACUGAUGUACCUGUUACGGCGGGUGACUGUGUAUGUGUCUGGGGAGCUGAAGUUUGAAGAUAUGAAUGGUCGUAAGCACCGUAGACGUCGUUCCUAGGCUAUGGGCGUGUGAGAAGCGCAGUUAGUUCCUGUAAUAAACAUGGUACAGCUGACGACGGGGGAAGCUCACUCGUCCCCAUGCUUGAGGGAAGUGGUUCAUUUUGGUGGAACUCGAACUGUAACUGUGAAUAAAACUAAUGGCG